UCUGCAUGUGAUGUCUGCACAGGUUAGCAAUGGAGAAUGAGAUGAGAAAGAGCCAAAAAGCUUUCCAGUCUUACAAUUGGGGAGAAAAACAACCGGAGUAUAAAUAGAGGGGGCUGCGAGGGACUGGAAUGUUUUGUGCAGUGGUGUGGGAGAGAUCAGGACUGAAGAUCUGACUGUUCAAAACAAAGCACAUCCUGAGUGCGGAGGCCAUGUGGAAGGGUCUGGUCCUGGCCUUGGCUCUCGGCCUGCUCCCUGGGAGCGGCGGAGAGGCCGACGGCUCAGAGAGCCCCUAUUGUAAGCCUGCGCCCCCCUGGAGGAUCGGAGAGCUGGAUCCCAUGAAGGAAGGCCUGGGCAGGGUGACGGUGGUAGCGCUUUUUCAGGCCAGCUGAUCCUUUUGCCUGGUGCAGGCGUCCAAAUUGGAUGGGCUGCGCCUAAAGUUGGAGAAGCAGGGCCUGAAAAAUAUAAGCUACAUGGUGGUGAAUGACAAGGCAGAGAAUGCCCAAAGGCUGCACCAUAAGCUGGCAGAGAAGCUGUCAGAACACAUCCCCCUCUACGCCCAAAGCCGCUCCGAACCGCAAGACAUCUGGCAGAUCUUAAACGGGGAAAAGGACGACUUUUUGAUCUAUGACAGAUGUGGACGUCUCACAAACCACAUAUCUCUUCCAUAUUCUAUACUGACUACACCGUACAUUCAGGAUGCAAUAAGACAGACGUACUGCAAUACAACCUGUGGAAAUUGUCCCAUAGAGAGUGAAAUCACACUAGAAGAAUGUCUAAAGACACCAGACAAUGAGUCAGAAGAGGCAGGCACCCCCCAUGGUCACGGCCACGGCCACCAUCACGGCCACGACCACCAUCGUGGCCACGGCAGUGAACACGGUCACAACCACAAUGCCGACCGCGGGCAAGACCACUCUCGCGGCCAUGACCACGGUCACAACCACAAUGCCGACCGCGGGCAAGACCACUCUCACGGCCAUGACCACGGUCACAACCACAAUGCUGACCGUGGGCAAGCCCACUCUCACGGCCAUGACCAUGGUCAGCAGCAGCAGCAGCAGCAGCAGCCAAUUAACCUCCCCUUUCACUAUCACCGUCAAGGCCAGCAACGGCAGCAGCGGGUGCACCUCCUCCCCCAGCAGGGUCAGGCCCCGGCGGAGCUAGAGCUAGAGCUGGGGCAGGGGCAGGUGAGGCAGGGGCAGGGUCAGGCCCCAGUGGAGUUAAUGCUAGAGCUGGGGCAGGGGCAGGUGAGGCAAGGGCAGGGGCAGGUGCAGGUUAGGCAGACGAGGCAGGUGAGGCAGGAGGACUCGGGGGCCGCGUUCGACCUGCUCACCCAGCUGGCGCACAGACAGCCCUGAGCCCAGCGGCAUAAGAAAAGGUGAAAGUCCAAGCACAGCUGAGAGUGGCGAGACACCAGCAGCGGCGCCCUCCAGGGGUCGUCUAGCUGAUGCUGACACUGACGGCAGCUGCUGGAGGGCGCAGAGGGUCUCUGACACUGUGACGAGGCGCUCCCAGCCUCCUGACAGUGACAGCUCACCCCCGCUGGCGUCGACCACCUCGUCAGGGAGACCUGACAGUGACGCCCGGUGCCCCCCGCUGCCUGACAGCAGCAGCAGCCCCAGCCCAAGUGAACCUGAGCCGAGAGCGGGCCCUCCUCCGCCUGAGUGUGACAGGGGGAGAUCUAAGCAGUCCACCAUGUGGCCCUGUGACGGUCUCUCACUGUUCCUCAGUUUUAAGAUCUUUUGGAGGUGCUCCUCACGGCAGGUUCAUAAGACUGGUACCAUGUUACCAAGAAGUAUUACCCAGACUUUGAGGCCAGCAUCAGACCACCACCAUUAAAGGUUCAUUAAAUUAAGUUCUUAAAUUGGCUCUAAUUUGGAAGUAAGAACUGAACCAUGUCUUUCAUACAAUUUAAUCAAGAUAUUUUGCAAGUGGUAGUUCCUUUGCAGUACAUAAUGGAAAUUAUAAUUCCCUUGAAAGUACAAUCAGGAUACUGUCACUUACCAUUUCGAUUUGAUAGGAAGUGGUAGCUUGUGACUCAACUAUAAUGUACGACUCAAAAGAGCCCUCAAGCAUUUAAAGACAAACAGCCCAAGUCGCAUUAAGUGGUGCAAGUAAUACAAAAAUGUAGGACACAAAGGUCUGGUGUUUGCCUCAGUCCUGACGUGACUAAAGUAUUAUGUAGAUGUCAUUUCACCUCCAAAAUGCUCUUUGUUGCCAUUAUGAAGUCAGGUGCGGAAACUAUGCACUAGUGGUGCCUGUUGGAUGCUAUGCAACAUUGAGUGGGGGAGAGGAGGCGUCUUACAUAAUGCCUUUAGAUCCAACUAAAUAAGAGAAGUGUUAAGAUUUAGUGAGUUCAAUUCGGUGAUCAGAGAUGGUCUAGAGAUUAGAGAUUUCUUAUUUUUGUUUUAGUACCAUGAAGGGAUGUUUUUUGAGGUAGAAAUGACUAAGAUUGAUGGACCAAAGGUGCAGCUAUGUAAUAGCAAUAUAUAACAUCUAAUGCUUCAAACACUGGGCCCUAAUUUCAUUGAUGGGCAACGCAGCUGGCAACAUGAAAAGGCCUAAGUCUUACGACCUAAAGCUAAUUUAAUACCUUGACAAAAUCAUUUUGCUUAUUUCAUAACAUGAAUGUCAAUGAAAUGAGCAAAUAUGGGUAUCCCCGCCUAUUCUCAUUGCGCAGUUCCAGAUGCACAAGGUCGUUCACCGUGCUUAUUCCCCUAUGAAAUAAGGGCUCACUGUGUUAAAUGCUACAUUGCACAUAUACGUUUCACGAAUGUUUUUCCUUUCAUCUUUUUUUUUAGUGAUAUAUACCUAUAUGCAAGAAUUGCGUACAGGAUGCACAUUUGCAAACAUGUAAAAUCACAAAAAAUAGUAUUCCAGUUUAAGUCGCAAUGAAAAGGGAACCUGAAAUGCAAAUGAGAGAGAUACUGCUCAGAUGGAAACAUUUUGCAUACUUAAUGAAGGUCUCCAGGAAAGAAUUCUCCUCUGGAAUGCCUGAUGCCUUGUAUGGAAAGUGUGAGAAUGAUGAAUAUUAAAGGGUGAAAGAUGAAAUGCUGUUCUGAUGGACUGUGAAAUAACAACAUGACAUCAGAAAUAAAAUGGACUGGAAUAAA